AUGGAUCGUUUGUUGCGACUCGGUGGCGGCAUGCCCGGAAUGAGCCAAGCACCACCUCCGUCGGAUGCACCGGUCGUGGACACGGCCGAGCAGGUGUAUAUCUCAUCGUUAGCACUCUUGAAGAUGCUGAAACACGGUCGUGCUGGAGUGCCAAUGGAAGUGAUGGGACUCAUGCUAGGUGAAUUUGUCGAUGACUAUACCGUGCAGGUGAUUGACGUGUUUGCUAUGCCACAAACUGGUACCGGCGUAUCAGUCGAAGCUGUCGAUCCGGUGUUCCAAGCGAAAAUGUUGGACAUGUUGAAGCAAACCGGUCGCCCGGAAAUGGUUGUAGGGUGGUACCAUUCCCAUCCCGGGUUCGGAUGCUGGUUGUCGGGCGUAGAUAUUAACACGCAGCAAUCGUUCGAAGCCCUUUCCGAACGUGCCGUGGCCGUUGUCGUCGAUCCUAUUCAAUCGGUCAAGGGAAAGGUCGUGAUCGACGCGUUCCGACUGAUCAAUCACAACACGCUGGUGCUGUGCCAGGAGCCUCGACAAACGACAUCCAAUUUGGGCCAUUUGCAGAAGCCAUCGGUGCAGGCACUGAUCCACGGGUUGAAUCGUAACUACUACUCCAUCAGUAUCAAUUAUCGCAAGAAUGAACUCGAGCAAAAGAUGCUCUUGAAUUUGCAUAAGAAAUCGUGGAUGGAUGGUUUAACGCUGGCCAACUAUCAGGAACACUGCAGUAUCAACGAAAGCACCAUUAGCGAAAUGUUGGAACUAGCUAAGAACUACAAUAAGGCUUUGGAAGAUGAAGAGAAAAUGACUCCCGAGCAGCUGGCUAUCAAGAACGUUGGCAAACAGGACCCCAAGCGGCAUCUGGAAGAGAAAGUCGAUACGCUCAUGUCGAACAACAUCGUACAGUGUCUUGGCGCGAUGUUGGAUACGAUUGUGUUUAAAUAA